AUGUUUAAAAAUAGUAUCUGGAAAAUUUUGUUAGCACUUGGAAUUAUUUUGGCAUUUGUCGCUUUUAUUCUUGGCUGGAUCGGUUUUGGUGUACCUGAUUGGCAUAGCUUUAGACGUUACAAUACUUCGUUUAUGGAAUAUUAUGGCCUAUGGGCAUAUUGCCAAGAUCAAAGUGUAACAUAUGGUACAGUUUGUCAACGCUGGCCAACUGCAGAAAAUAUAUUAUUUAAUGGUACUCGUCCAAGUUUUAUUCGUACAAGUGAAGGUCUUAUAACGACUGGAAUGAUACUUCUUUCAUUGAGCCUCGUUGCUGCAAUAGUCUCUGCAGUAUUACCUUAUCUUGUUUAUUUAGCUGGAUUAAUAGCAAUUCUUAGUUUUAUUUUUCUCGUUAUUGGUGUGCCAUUAUUUGGUAUACAAUCAAAUAAUUUAUCUAUAACAGUCGGUAAUGUAUACUAUAAUAAACGUUACGGGUUUUGGCUUAUGGUACCAACGAUUGUACUCGAAUUCUCUGCAGCAUUUCUUUUUAUACUUGCCGGUUUGGCUUAUAAACUUUUUAGUUAUGGUAAUUUUUUCACAAGUUUUAGUGGCAGACCGUACGGUGGACAACAAAAGCUUGGACCCCCUCAUGUAUUAGCCGGAGCAACUCCAAGAUAUGCACCGUAUGGAUCAUCCGCUCAAUUGUUUACUAAUGAUCGUUUAUUACCUGGUGUAUAUCCAAAUCCAUAUGGAAGUACAAUUCCACCCUUACUUUCACAGUAUCUUAAUCAACGUUUAGCACGAAACUAUGAAAGUCUUGGAGUACCACCAAUGAGUAUGAAUGUACUUCCACGCCCAUCUGCUUUGUCAGCUAUGAGACCAGCACCAUCUUAUCUUCGCGUUGGUGAACCAUUAGGAUCACGUUUUACGCCGAUUGUAAAUUUAAGUGGACAGACACUUGUGGGUCCUAUUAUGCGUACUGGUUAG